AGCUGCACUACGUCACUGAGCUCGGGGAGGAACUUGGGGAGGAGCUUGGGAGGAGCUUGGGGAGGAGCUUGGAGUGUUCUGGAAACCCGGCUGUAACAAUAUAAACAGUGGCUGGAGUCAGAGCAGGCAUGAGUUUCAGASGAGAGGCACAAAACAAGAAGCUGAAACAAGAGUCUGCUGAGAUCCUUCAACAUCUCGGAGCUACACAUUAUCUCUGAAAGAACAAACAGGAUGUCUUCAGCGAAGGGAAUAUCCAUUGGCAUUGAUUUGGGAACCACCUAUUCUUGUGUUGGGGUUUUCCAACAUGGCAAAGUGGAGAUCAUUGCCAACGACCAGGGCAACAGGACAACUCCCAGCUAUGUGGCCUUUACRGACACAGAGAGGCUCAUUGGAGAUGCUGCCAAGAACCAGGUUGCCAUGAACCCCACCAAUACAAUAUUUGARGCCAAGCGACUAAUAGGAAGAAAGUUUAAUGACUCCAUCGUCCAGUCCGACAUGAAACUUUGGCCUUUCAAGGUGAUCAGUGAUAACGGAAAGCCCAAAGUUCAGGUGGAGUAUAAAGGCGAAACCAAGGCCUUCUACCCUGAAGAAAUCUCGUCAAUGGUCCUGGUUAAAAUGAAGGAGAUAGCUGAGGCCUACCUGGGACAAAAGGUUUCAAAUGCAGUCAUCACAGUGCCAGCUUAUUUCAAUGAUUCUCAGAGGCAAGCCACUAAGGAUGCUGGAGUGAUCUCUGGUCUGAAUAUUCUGAGGAUCAUCAACGAACCCACAGCAGCAGCGAUUGCCUACGGCUUAGAUAAAGGUAAAAGAGGAGAGCGCAARGUGCUCAUCUUUGAUCUCGGUGGAGGCACCUUUGACGUGUCCAUCCUGACCAUUGAGGACGGCAUCUUUGAGGUAAAAGCCACUGCAGGAGACACACACCUUGGUGGGGAGGACUUUGACAAUCGGAUGGUCAGUCACUUCCUCGAGGAAUUUAAAAGAAAGUACAAGAAAGACAUCAGCCAAAAUAAGAGAGCAGUUAGGAGACUGCGCACAGCUUGUGAGAGAGCGAAGAGGACCCUGUCCUCAAGCACCCAGGCCAGCAUUGAAAURGACUCUCUGUUUGAGGGCAUCGACUUCUACACCUCCAUCACAAGGGCACGCUUUGAGGAGCUCAACUCAGAUCUCUUCAGGGGAACACUGGAGCCAGUGGAGAAAGCCCUACAAGAUUCCAAGAUGGAUAAGUCCAAGAUCCAUGAAAUCGUCCUGGUUGGUGGCUCCACAAGAAUUCCCAAAAUCCAGAAGUUCUUGCAAGAUUUCUURAAUGGCAGAGAACUGAACAAGAGUAUCAACCCAGAUGAAGCUGUGGCUUAUGGUGCAGCAGUCCAGGCUGCUAUCCUCAUGGGUGACACUUCGGAGAACGUCCAAGAUCUGCUGCUGCUGGACGUGGCUCCCCUGUCUCUGGGUAUUGAGACUGCUGGUGGAGUCAUGACACCUCUGAUCAAACGCAACACAACUAUCCCCACCAAGCAAACCCAGAUCUUCWCCACCUACUCAGAUAACCAYCCUGGUGUGCUAAUUCAGGUGUAUGAGGGCGAGAGAGCCAUGACCAAGGACAACAACCUCCUGGGCAAGUUUGAGCUCGCUGGCAUCCCUCCUGCUCCCCGAGGCGUACCGCAGGUGGAGGUAACUUUCGACAUUGAUGCCAACGGAAUUCUGAACGUGUCUGCUGUCGACAAAAGCACCGGCAAAGAAAACAAAAUCACCAUCACAAAUGACAAGGGCCGCCUCAGCAAACAGGAGAUUGAGCAGAUGGUACAGGAUGCUGAGAAGUACAAGGCUGAUGACGAGCUGAAGAGGGACACGAUUUCAGCAAGGAACUCACUGGAGAGUUACGUUUACCACAUGAAGAGCAGCGUUGAGGAUGACAGUAUGAAAGGAAAGAUUCAGGAGGAGGACAAAAAAAUUGUCAUUGACAAGUGCAACCAGACAAUCUCCUGGCUGGAGAACAACCAGCUGGCAGAGAAGGACGAGUAUGAGCACCAGCAGAAGGAACUAGAGAAGGUGUGCAAUCCGAUUGUGACAAAGCUGUACCAGGGAGCGGCACCACCACCAGGAGGCAGCAGCGGCCAUGCAGGAGGCAACGCUCAGGGUCCCACUAUUGAGGAGGUGGACUAAUAACAUGAAAGUCAUGUCAAUAUUUCACAUGGCUAUGAUGUUUGAACAUUAAAUUGAGUUUUCUUUCCUCGUUUGCAUCCACUUUUACUCAUUAUUUCUGCUUUGUUCACUUUUCCUUGUGUCCACUCACAUUGUAUUUUAAAUAAAGUUUUAUGAAAACAUCAAAGUAUUUGAGACGUAUUUUCAAAAACUGUUUUACAAAAUUUGCUCCUGGAAUUGAAAACAAAGGCCCUGCAGUCAGGGAAAUAAUGGUCCUAUUUUCUGAGAGCAGAGACCACAGGAUGGAAUUAAACCUUGAAUUUGAAUUCUUGAACUGCACUACAAGCAUGAGGCCUGAAAACAAYGUGUAGUAUUCAAAUCUGGAUCACAGAAAACAGAGAAUGGGGGUCUCAGCCUCAGCCAUGGCCCUGAAAGACAGAAUUGGUGUCAUYUUGCACACUGUGAGRCAAAAAAGGCAGACUUGGUCAUUUCUUUCAUGUGCUGAUAAAAAGAGAGGGUGGGAUCAAAAGAAAAGUAAAAAGGAGGGAAAAGCCAAAGGAAAGAAACUUCUUCAACAGGAUUUUASCCUCUCUAACCCUAAAGCUUUGAUGGUGGUCCAUCCAAAUCCAUGUUUCCUGAUGCAAUGUUACAGCUAAUGGUCUGAUAGUUCAGCCUGUGACUCAGUUAUAUGACUCUGUAUCCUGAGGUCUUUCUUUCACU